AUGGGGCUUAAGAUUUAUACGAUACUACUUUAUAUAUUAGUUUUCAGUUCUGUUAUAUUAGCGACUGGUGAAACCCAAAUCCAGCCACAUGGUGAUUCGGAAUCCGAAUCUUACGAAGACUCAGGUUCGAGUGAAAGCUAUGAAUAUGAUUCAUAUGAGGACUCAGGGUCCGAUGAAGAUAAUGGACUCGUAGGAGCUGCAGGUGUUGGGAAGGGAAUCGAAAGCAGUGCUUCUGCCUUAAGCGCAGUACAAGCUACUGUAAAUGGUCGAGGCAGAUCAGGCAGUGCUUCCGCUAUAGGCUCAGCGCAAGCAACUGAAAAUGGUCAAGGCGGUAGUGGCAGUGCUUCUGUUCUUAAUGCAGUUCAAGCAAAACAAAAUGGCCGGGGCGGAUCGAGCAGCGCUACAGGUCUUGGCUCGGCACAAGCCACUGAAAAUGGUCGUUCUGGCAGCGCUGCUGCUUUAAGUGGAGCUCAAGCAACUGAAAAUGGUGGGAACGGAUCAAGUAGCGCGUCUACUUUAAACGCAGCGCAAGUUGUUGAAAAUGGCCACGGCCAUUCUGGCAGUGCUUCGGCUAGUGGUGGAGCACAAGCAAUUGAAAACGGCCAAGGUGCAUCAGCGUCUGCUGCAAGUGGGGCGAUAGGUCCUAGAUCUCUGUCUGUGUUGCAAGUGAAAAUGGACAAAUUGGAUCGAGCAGUGCUACCAGUAUGA